AUGGACACGCGGCUAGUCCUACUCUUGGCGUGCGCGGCGUGCGCGGCUGCGGGGCGCGUCGCCCCCACGGCACCGGAAGCGUCAUGCCCGCCUCCCAACUUUGACUCUGCGCCGGGCCUGGACCUGACGAAGUUUAUCGAUGGGCCUUGGUACCCCCAGGAACAGAUGCCCGUCUUCUACCAGCCCGUUGACUCGCUGUACUGUGUGAGGGCAGUGUACAGCCCCAUCGAUCCUGCCAACCUGAAGGCUGGAAUCCGCGUGCUCAACACCGCCAAGAGCGGCAGCGUCGAUGGGAAGCCCAUGGGCAGCAGCGGCGGCGCUGCGGGCCUCAACUCCAUUGUGGCGCUGCCCAGCACAGGGUCGGGCCCCACCGCGGCCUCCAAGCUGCGCGUCGGGCCCGGCUUCCUGCAGCCGUUCGCGCGCCUUCCUAACCUCGGGGACCUGGUAUAUGGUCCCUACUGGGUCGUAGCUUUUGCCGAUGACUAUUCUUGGGCCAUCAUCAGCGGAGGGCCGCCCAAGGUGUCAACCCCCGGCGCCUGCAGCGCGGGCCGCCCUUCAGGCCAAUCGUUCCUCGACAUCAAUGGCUCGGGCCUGUGGCUUUUCAGCCGCAAGCCCGAGGACCCAGGGGCGGUCAAGGUGAUGCGUGCCAAGGCGGCCGCCCUGGGCUUCGAUCUGUCGGUGCUCAAGCCCGUCACACAGAAGGGCUGCACCUACCCCAGCACGUGA